UGUUGAAAUGUUGACGGUUAUUACCAGCUUGUCCUCAGCAUCAAUAACAGCAUUUUCCUUGUUUAGCAAAUCCAAUUUCACCACCAGUCAACCCAGAUAUCACGUGCCUCAUUCUCCGACGAGUCAACCAUGGCCGCUAACUCAGCCCGAGUUGCCGUCGCCCAGAUCACUUCUGUCAACGAUCUCUCCGCCAAUUUUGCCACCUGUUCUCGUCUUGUCAAGGAAGCAGCAGCUGCUGGGGCCAAAUUGCUUUGCUUUCCAGAGAGUUUCUCAUAUGUAGGUGCUAAUCUUGGGGACAGCGUUAAGAUUGCAGAACCAUUGGAUGGACCAAUAAUGCAAGGAUACUGCAGUCUUGCCAGAGAGUCUCAGAUAUGGUUGUCUCUCGGAGGUUUUCAGGAAAAGGCAUCUGACGAUUCUCAUUUGCGUAAUACACAUGUGAUAGUUGAUGAUACUGGAAAAAUUAGAAGCAAAUAUUCCAAAAUACACUUGUUUGAUGUGGAUGUCCCUGGCGGAAUGGCUUAUAAGGAAAGCAGCUUUACUGAAGCAGGCAAGGAUGUUGUGGCAGUGGAUAGUCCCUGUGGACUUGGCCUCACUGUUUGCUAUGAUUUACGAUUUCCAGAAAUAUACGAGUGCUUACGGUUUCAGCAUCAAGCUCAAGUUCUAUUGGUACCUUCAGCGUUCACAAAGAUAACUGGUCAAGCCCACUGGGAGAUACUUCUGCGUGCUCGUGCCAUUGAAAGUCAAUGCUAUGUUAUUGCUGCAGCACAAGCUGGAAGGCAUAAUGAUAAAAGGGAAAGCUAUGGAGACUCUUUGAUUAUUGAUCCUUGGGGAACAAUAGUUGGGCGGCUUCCUGAUAAGUUGUCAACUGGAAUAGCUGUAGCAGAUAUCGAUUUUUCGUUUAUUGAAUCUGUCAGAAUGAAGAUGCCAAUUGAUAAGCAACGGAAGCCUAUUAAUUUCUGGAAAGCUUCCUCUAUAUGAUAUUUGAGUUUCUGGAAAGCUUUCUCUAUAUGAUAUCUGAGUUUCUGAGUAAUGUAGAUGUAAAGGAGUUGGCGCUUGAUUUUGUCUUAUGAAUCUAUGUACCAUAUAUAG